AUGCUAUUUUUUAUGGGUACAAAUGAAAAACCGAUUAAUAUGUCAUUGAGAAAAGAAUCAGACGUGCACAAUGAUCUGAUUUUUGCAGACUUUGUCGAAUCUUACUUUAAUUUGUCCAUAAAAAUAAUGGAAGCAUUAAAAAAUCAAAUUAUAAGGGACAUUUCAUAUGAAGAGUAUCCUUUAAAUUAUUAUCCUCCAUAUUGUUCUGGGACAUGUUAUGUCUUGUCUAAAGAUGCGGUUACUGCUAUUGUAAAUGUUUGUCAAAACAAAAAAUUAAUUCAUCUUGAAGAUGUCGCUAUAACCGGUUAA